UUUUUAGCAAUGCUUUAACAGGUUUUUUUAGGGUAAGGAGGCUGAGUUAUCGUAACAUCCAGUUUGGGGUUGUAUUAGAGGUGCUGUGUAACUCAGGGUUGUUGUUGCACACUGUCCCCAGCUUGACAGAGUUCCCUUGUGUUCAUCUCUUUCUUUUGUGAAUCCGUGUGCAUUACCACUACAGAUUCCGAGCGAAGUGGAUUCCGUUUUUUUCAUAUUCCAGGUCUCUCCGCCUCCCUCAUUCUUUCUCUCUCUCUUUCUCUCUCUCUCUCUCUUUGCUCUUUACCGAUUUUUCCCUCCCUCUCUUUUCGCUCUUUGCUUGUAUUAGCUCUGUGGGUGCAGCGUUUGGAAUUGGACCGUUAUCCGGGGGGAGAUUCGCCAGCCUGCUCGUGAAGUAAGCCCCACUGAACAACUGCAGCUUGAGAGAAGGGGAACGGCCUAUGCCGGGGCAUCGAGGAAUGAAGUGUAACUUUUCCGGCAGUCCUUUGGCUCUGUGAUUGUGCCUUGUGGCGAUUCGAGGCAAAUCAUCUACCUUGAUUCUGUGCAAACGAGGGCGGAGAGGGGGGUCGGAGUGAGUGGACCCCUCUAUCAGGACAAUGUGAAUUUCGCAAACAAUUUAGAGUAUUCAUGAGGUUACGCAAAUCUGGAGGCAGCAAAAUUACCGUAAUCAAUUGAAGCGGCGAGCAUGCAUCCGUCCACAGCUCUGAUAACCCAGAGAUCAGCCUGAUGUGAAUGUUACAAAGAAAGGAGCUGUUAAAUUACUUUUGAAUUUGGGUGAGAAGUCUAUGAUCAUUGGGCAAGUGAGUCUGCACAGAGAUAAUAGGGCAGAUCAGUGGACCGGGCAAGUGCUAGUGGCACAUUAGCUAUCUGACUUCGACUUCAAGCUGCUGUUUUAUAGAAAGACCAAAACCUGUAUUAUCCAGAAUAAGCAGUGUGUGUCCAUACUCAAAUAGUUAUUUCUUCCCAACAAGGAGAAAAAGAAGAAGAAAUCUUCGCAGAGGAUAAGAUACUAUGGAAGUCCGCUACAGCCAAGACUCGGAGUCCGGAAUGUUGUUGAAGAAUGGACUAAAAGAGGGGAAAGAGGGAAAGGAUUCCCAGGGGAACAUUUCAAAAACGUUCUUGAAGGACCAGCAGGAGUCCUUUUCUCCAUCUGGACCGGUGGAAAACUGCGAAAAGAGUCGGACAAGCUCAGCAGAUCCUGAUUACUGCCGGAGGAUUCUAGUUCGGGAUGCCAAAGGUUCAAUUCGAGAGAUUAUUCUCCCCAAGGGUUUGGAUCUAGAUCGACCAAAGCGUACUAGGACCUCGUUCACAGCAGAACAGCUGUACAGACUGGAGAUGGAGUUUCAGCGGUGCCAGUAUGUUGUGGGACGAGAACGAACCGAACUUGCCCGACAACUUAACCUGUCUGAAACUCAGGUAAAGGUGUGGUUUCAGAAUCGUCGCACUAAGCAGAAGAAGGAUCAGGGCAAGGAUUCAGAGCUGCGCUCCGUGGUCUCUGAGACAGCUGCCACCUGCAGCGUCCUGCGUCUCCUGGAGCAGGGCCGGCUCCUCACUCCCCCAGGCCUGCCAGGGUUGCUGCCCCACUGCGGGAGCUCGUCGCUCACUUCAGCCCUGCGUGGGUCAUCCCUGGGCAUCACCGCUAAUGGAGGCUCCUCCAGCAGCAGUAGCAGCAGUGCCGCCAGCUCAGGCACAGUCGGGGGGAGUCCGCCGCUGCCGAUGGUGACCAGUUCUGGGACAGUCACGGGGCUUCAGGGAUCUCCACCUACCCAUGGGCUGUUUAGCUUCCCUAUGCCAUCUCUGCUUGGGUCAGUCACCUCACGCAUCACCUCCACCCCACUUGGCAUGGCUGGAUCCCUCGCGGGGAAUUUCCAGGAACUUUCUGCCCGCUACCUGAGCUCGUCCGCAUUUGAACCCUACUCGCGGACCAAUGGCAAAGAAGCAUUAGACAAGAAAGUCUUGGAAUGAUCUCUAGGGGCUUCUUUUUGUCCUUUUAUUAUUUUUAUUGUUGUUUUGAAAUAAAUUUAAGCUCUGAUUAUCUCUUUUUUUUAAAUCACUUUCGCGCCCUUUUGUCUCAUCAGUGCUGUUGUGUUUUCAGUCUUGCGUUUUUUCAUGUCGUCAACCUGCACACUUGAUGCCUCUCAGAAUUGUAUAAAGGUGGACAAAAAUGAGGCUUUUCAGAGCAUUUUGCACUAAAUCAAAGUUUCUCCAAUUUGACACUAAUGAGAGCUUGAGGAAGGAAUGUAGCAAGAGAUUAUGGAGGGGAAGAGAGAUGAAAAUGGUUGCUGAGGCAAUAUUUUCAGGACACUCUUUUCCCUUAUACUUUUUGGAGCUGGACAGUUAUAUUCAGAUUAAAAACUAAUCUGAAAGCUGAUGGGUAAAAAAAAAA